GCGGCGCUUGGGGAGGCGAAGCGCUGCGGGCAGCGGCGCGCCCGGAGCGGCGGCAGCGGCACCGGCAGCGGCACCGGCGGGCAGGGCCAGUGAGGAAGGAUGUUUUCCUCGGUGAAGCUGUAUGAGAACCAGCGCUACGCCUCCCUGAAGAAGGAGUGUCAGAGGCGGAAGCAGCUCUUUGAGGACCCGCUUUUCCCCGCCAACGACGACUCGCUCUUCUACAAGUCAAGGAUCCAGGGCAUCCAGUGGAAGCGGCCAAAAGAAAUCUGCAAUGACCCACGUCUCUUUGUGGAUGGCAUCAGCUCCCAUGAUUUACACCAGGGCCAGGUCGGGAACUGCUGGUUCGUGGCUGCCUGCUCCUCCCUGGCAUCCCGGGAGUCCCUGUGGCAGAAGGUGAUCCCGGACUGGAAGGAGCAGGAGUGGAACCCUGAGAAACCUGAGAGCUACGCGGGGAUUUUUCACUUCCAGUUCUGGCGCUUCGGUCAAUGGCUGGAUGUGGUGAUAGAUGACCGCCUGCCUACACUCCAUAAUCAGCUCAUCUACUGCCAUUCCAACUCCAAGAACGAGUUCUGGUGCGCCUUGGUGGAGAAAGCCUAUGCCAAGUUAUCAGGCUGUUACGAGGCCCUGGAUGGAGGCAACACAGCUGAUGCCCUGGUAGACUUUACUGGUGGGGUCUCUGAACCUAUUGACCUGACCGAAGGGGACUACAUUGCUGAUGAAGCCAAGCGGAACCUCCUCUUUGAGCGCGUGUUGAAGGUGCACAACCGGGGAGGCCUCAUCAGCUGCUCCAUCAAAGCUACGUCGGCAGCAGACAUGGAGGCCCGCCUGGCCUGUGGGCUGGUAAAGGGACAUGCGUAUGCAGUGACGGAUGUACGGAAGGUCCGCCUGGGGCAUGGCCUGCUCUCCUUCUUCAAGUCAGAGAAGCUGGACAUGAUCCGCAUGCGCAACCCAUGGGGUGAGCGGGAGUGGAACGGCCCUUGGAGUGACACCUCCGAGGAGUGGCAGAAAGUGAGCAAAAGCGAGAGAGAGAAGAUGGGGAUGACGGUGGAAGAUGAUGGAGAGUUCUGGAUGACCUUUGAAGACUUCUGCAAAUACUUCACAGACAUCAUCAAGUGCCGUCUCAUCAACACGUCCUACCUGAGCAUCCACAAGACCUGGGAGGAGGCCGUGCUACACGGGGCAUGGACAAGAAGUGAAGACCCCUUGAAGAACCGCUGUGGGGGCUGCAUCAACCACAAGGACACCUUUCUGCAAAACCCUCAAUACGUGUUUGAUGUGAAGAAGGCAGAAGAUGAAGUACUGAUCUCCAUCCAGCAGAAGCCGAAAAGGACCAGCCGCAAAGAGGGCAAAGGAGAGAACUUGGCCAUAGGCUUUGAUAUCCAUAAGGUUGAGCUGAACAGGAACUACCGGAUGCACACCCUGCAGCAGAAAGUGGCCAGCUCCAUUUACAUCAACUCCCGCAGCGUCUUCCUGAGGACGGACCUGAAGGAAGGCCGUUACGUCAUCAUCCCUACCACCUUCGACCCUGGUCAUGUAGGCGAGUUCCUUCUCAGGGUGUUCACAGAUGUGCCUUCGGAUUGCCGAGAACUGACCCUGGAUGAGCCUCCACACACCUGCUGGAGCGGGAUGUGUGGCUAUCCGCAAGUGGUGUCCCAGAUCCACGUCCUUGCUGCAGCUGGGCUCAAGAAUCAGGACACCCAAGGAGGAGCAGACCCUUACGUGAUCAUAAAGUGUGAAGGGGAAAAGGUUCGCUCGCCAGUGAAUAAAAACACAGUGGCUCCAGAAUUUGAUGUGAAAGGUCUCUUCUACCGCAAGAAGCCAGGACAACCUAUCAUUGUUCAGAUCUGGAACCACAACUUAAUAAGUGAUGAGUUCUUGGGCCAAGUGGUGCUCACGGGGGAACCCAAUGACCAGCAGUCAGUGCACACACUGCAUCUCCAGGACAAGGGGAACAGGAGAUCGAAUGAUCUUCCCGGAACCAUCGCUGUGAGGCUGCUCAGCAGUAACAUCCUCACCAAUGUCUAAAUACUCAAGGACUCUUCUUCUGGUGCCACCUAUGUAUAUUUAUACAUAUAUAUAUACAUACUCACACACAUAUAUAUAUACACACGGAGCAUAUAUACCAUCUGUAAGUGUAUAUGAACUAUGCAUGCAUUCCACUCAACAGAGCCAAUCUUGUGUUUUCGAUGUUCAAAAAAUGGUGCCUUUUGGGGGAACCGAAACAAUUCUUUGGCUUGCAUCUUCUACAGCCCACGCCGCUGACGUGUCCCGUGGGAUCGUUGUGGGCAUGCUGUGUCUUCUGACAGCCAGAGCAGGAUGCCAUGGUGCUGUUUGUUUACAUGGGGCUGGCACGCACGUGCCACCACGCACACGCGUGGCCACCGCGGUCCCACCAGGCACUUCUCUGCACCCUCAGUAUGUCUGCUUAACUUUAGACUAGUGUGCAGAAAGUCAUUUCCAGUGAACUGCCGCUCAAUUGCUUAUCUGCAGAGGCACCUCAGGAAAAGAGAUGGCCAAGAGCAAAAAUGGACUGAGGCUUUUGGAUGUUUUCUGGGUAUGGGUUUACACACAGCAACUGGAAAGAAAAAGCACCAGGACAUUCCCACAUUCCCAAAUCCCAAUCAACAGGGCCAAAGCUAUCCUGCAAGACUAAAGCUAUCCAACAAGACUAAAGGCUCCAUCAUUUUAUGGACCAGAUGUCUCACGCGAGUCCUGUUCAGCCCCACACCUCUCUGAAGGUACAAAGCCACCAACAGACAGCUGGACAACUGUUCUCCAGGGUCAGGUUUUGAGUUGCUCUGGUCUCCUGCAUGUGCCACCACUGCCUUGGUGCCUGCUGUCGCCAUUGCUGCAUGCGGUCCCCAUCCCUACAGAUCGAACCCAGCCUUUCGCCGAGUGGGACAGAGAUGCCAGAGCUCCAUGGCCAGGGUGGAUUGUCACAGGCACGAGUCUGCUAGGGACAUUGAGCGUUCAGAAGGAUAUUGGUUACUCUGAAGGCCAGAGCGGCAGGUCCAGGGAAUGGGGAGCUUGGGCUGACUGGGCUUGACCUUUACCACUGCAUACGUAUUUCCAGUGCAUCAUUUCUCUGUGCCUCGCUUUCACAAAUUCUUUUAAAAACAGUGGUAUGUUAGUUUGCGCUAAAGGAGAGAAGAGGAGCACUGCUCCCAAUGCAGCCUGAAAACGCUGGGCAUAUUUAAUUAAUACCAGUGUCCAUCUUUCACUUUCAAUUUCUGACCUAUUGGCCUGGAGAAUUGGCUGCACUGGACUAGAUGCAGUCUCACAAGCACAGCCCCAGUGCAUCUUCGGGGACUGAGCACAGUCCUCCUGUAUCUAGGGCCGCGCUCUGUGCCUUGCUUGCGAUGAAUACUGGGUUUAUCCUGCUUAUUCCACUGGGUGGCAGAAUCUGGCUUCUUUUAAAACCAUCCCAGAUAAGGAAAACCGCAGACCCUUGGCUGUCCUUCCGAUAGCUGGUCAAGGCAGGUUUCAAGGCAUUUUUAUUUUGUUGUUUAGGGUUUGGGUUUUUUUUUUUUUUAAUGUGCCUUUAAAAAUCGUGCAAGUUAAGGGAAUUUCUGUCAGAUGUAAAUGAUUUUAUAUGAACCAAAUCUUCUGCAGUCACCUGCAUACAAAGGGAAGGGAAUACACAUGACGUAAUGCUUCCUGCAAAAAGCGGUACAAGGCAAUCUCAGUAAAUUCUUGCCUAAGCAGAAUUUGUCUGCAAGGACAGGUGAACAUGCAUGCCUUCUUUUAUCAUAGAGAGCAGGGUUUCUGUCUGUCCUACUAAAUGUCAAUGUUUGUGCUGUAUAAGGCUGUUUUGUUUUUUUUUUUUAAUUCCAUACAGAUCUGCUAAGUCUGUAACAUGAUCAGUUGUUCUACAAAA